AAUAUAUUUUAUAACAUCACACAGUGAUGACACUGUAUUCUCGUGUGAUUGUUUCAAGUAUAAAUCAUACUGAAGAGUGGACGUUUAUGUUACGUUUCUUUAUAACUUUAUGACCCGUAAAUCGCAUAGCGUUCGAUUUACAAUAUCUACAAAUUUUAGAUUUUUUAUUUUGACGGUUAAGGUUUUUCUCUUUGUGAGGCCUUCUUUCAGAAUACCUGUAUGUUGUAAAAUACUUGGUUAAUAACAUUCAGACAGCUACGGUUCGGGUAUUGACGAAUAUCUUGAAUAAAAACACUGAUUGAUUGUGACGAAUGAUGAUUAUCAACACGAUUCCUCAGAGCAUUCGAUCUUUUAGUGACAACUUUUUGGAUGGUAAUGCCACUUAGUGCUGGAUUUGAUGCACGGCUUACAAAUAGACGACAUGAAUAUUUCUGAAUUUAGUGAUACCAUUGAUAAUGGAAGAUCCGACGCUCUGUAUUCUGGGAACUAUUCUAAGAAGACGCUAGCAAUCCCAUGCCUGACAUUCGGUUUAGGCGUCAUCGGAAAUUGUUUGGCGAUUGCAGCACUUUUGAGGUACAAAUACCGCAAACAGCGACCACCAACCGACACACCGACCACGAUUCACAAAACACCUCCGCCUAACUUACGUAAAAAUCGAAGUACAGGAAAUAUAUCAACAAGAGAUUGUCGAAAAUCAUGUUCACUUGGAAGCAAAUUUGAUUUUAACAUACUGAAACCUAUUAAAAGAAGAGGUCGAAGAAACGACUUCGGUGCUUUCCAUACUCUUGUUCUUGCACUUAUUGUUGUUGAUCUUGCCGGGAUCUUGGUAACUUCACCUGUGACGAUGUAUUUAUACUCAACAAAUCAGGGAAUAAAAGAGGCUGGAGGAGAGUCAUUAUGCAACUACAGUGCCUUUGCGAUGAUGUUUUUUGGUAUCGUGACAAUGGCAUCACUGACAGGAAUGGCAAUAGAACGUGUGCUGAGUAUACAAUACCCGUAUUUCUAUAAAAGAGCAGUGAAGCCUAAAUUGGCCAAUAUAGCAAUACUCAUAGUCUUACUGUCGUCGGCACUGUUUUCCGCACUUCCUUCUAUGGGGUUCGGUGCUGUACGAUCAAUGUAUCCAAAUACGUGGUGCUUCGCAGAUUGGCAAGCUACUGAACAAAAGGACAUGGCGUUCAACUACAUAUAUGCAACUAUUGGAAUAGCGUUAAUCCUAACCACAAUUCUAUGCAAUGAGUGUGGUCGUCGGUUUGUUGAAAAUGAAAAAAAUAAGGGCACAGAAGAAGUCAUGGGGCAUGGAAACACAAACGAUAAUUCAACUUAUUGUGAUGACGUGUAUAUAUAUCAUAUGUUGGUUACCUCUCAUGGUUCGAAUUAUUGUCAAUCAACAUUCACGAGAGACAAACGGCGAACAUGAUAGAUUGGCUAUCUGGCUUGCAGCUGCGAAUCCGAUACUGGACCCUUGGGUUUACAUUCUGUUGAGAAGAACAGUUGUCAAAAGAAUAAUAAACUUUGCCAAAUCUACCAUAUGUUACCACAGAAAGAAAGACAACAAAUCGACUGACUUGGAUAUUGUUGUCACACCAGCUAAGGGGAAUUUUAUGACAGAUUCGACUGAAACCACUAUUUCAGCAAAGUUUCUAUCGGUGCACCAUCGCUCGACACGAUCUCACAAUGGUGAUAUUGGGGUAAAAACGAUGCAACGAAACAAUAAUAACCAAACAAUAGAAAAUAUAAUGCUUCAAUCAAUUAGAAGAAAGAGUUGUUAGAUUCUCAGAAAAAUGUGUAUGGUAGCGAAAUGAGAAAAUUUGAGUGAAUGCAACAAUAUGCGAUAGCUGCCCAUAACUUACCAGUUCGAUGUAACCAAGAUUAUAAAAGUUCUGAUACCAAAUUUACCUAAAGUCAUCUUCUAGUAACUAUAUUUUCACACUUGUAUAUACGCAAGCCAACACUACUUCUUAUUUUUCAUUGAUUAUAUUUAUGUUCACUGUUGUAUACUGUGAUAACGAAUAACUCGCAACAAGUCGUGUACUAACUUUUCUAUGUUAAAUAUACUUUAUUUAUGUUACUUUCCACAUUUUAGCUGUAUAUAUACAGCUAUUAUGACUGAUAAAUGAUAUAGUCAAGUUUGAUUGCUAUUGUGAUUCAGGAAAAAGCCUAACGGUAGGUAGUACUUACCACGGUUUUAGUGCAAGAGAGUUACAUAUUGAAUUUCGAAAAAAAAAAAUAUAAUUUGUUUCUGUUUGCCAUAGCUGGGUUAUUAGACUACAUUAGAUAUAUUAAAUUGCCAAAUCAAAAAUCGAACUCGAGAUCUUUAGCUUCUGACACCUAUAUAGUUGAAGGAAUAAGUAAUAUUCUUGUGGCUACUUUUUACUUUCCUAUUCAUGUGCUUUUGAAUUAACGGUGUUUAUUUUUCUUUUUUAUGCUAUAAUUAUAAAUUUUAUAUAUUGUUCAACAUUUAAUAGAAAAAUUCUUUUUCUGAA